AGAAAUACCAAGAAACAUUUCUUCCAAUAAGACAAGUGGUGGUGGUGUUUACUCAAAAGAGAUCGAUGGUGGUGGUGUUGGGUUCCAUUCAUCAUCAGUUCAUCACUAAAUCCACCAUUAUAAUCUCAGCAAACAUUUCUUCCUCUUCUUCUGUGAACAAGUCACAGAGAUUGAUCCUCACAAGGCGGAAGUCGUCCAUAUUAGCUACUUCCACAAUCUUAUCUUCUUUUCUACAUUUGGCAUCUUUUCAGUUGGCAAAUGCUCGAGAAGAAGAAGCACCUCAGCGCCAAGAAGAACGGGUCGUUCAGGUAUUCGAAGAAGCUUCACCUUCAGUGGUUUUUAUCAAGGACCUUGAAUUAGUUAAAAUCAGAAGCACAAAUAAUGAGGAAGUUCUUACAAAAGAAGAAGAGGAAAGUGCGAAAGUUGAAGGGACUGGUUCUGGUUUCAUAUGGGAUAAAAGUGGACACAUAGUGACCAAUUAUCAUGUCAUAGCUAAGUUGGCAACUGAUACAACUGGACUUCAGCGUUGCAAGGUAUUUCUUGAAGAUGCACAUGGCCAGAAGUUCUCCAAGGAAGGAAAACUUGUUGGUUUUGAUCCCACGUACGAUUUGGCGGUUUUAAAAAUCCAAGGAAAUUUCGAUCUCAAACCUGCUCUUAUUGGUACAUCUGGUGAUUUACGUGUGGGACAGAAUUGCUUUGCCAUUGGAAACCCUUACGGAUAUGAAAAUACGCUAACUACCGGGGUAGUGAGUGGAUUGGCAAGGGAAAUACCUUCUCCAAAUGGUAGCUCCAUUCGUGGAGCUAUACAGACAGAUGCUGCCAUUAAUGCAGGUAAUUCAGGUGGCCCGUUGAUUAAUUCAUACGGUCAUGUGAUUGGAGUGAAUACAUCGACUUUCACUCGCAAAGGAAGUGGACAAUCCUCGGGGGUUAAUUUUGCAAUACCGAUUGACACAGUUGUCAGAACUGUACCUUACCUCAUUGUUUAUGGAACACCUUACAGUAAUAGAGUGAAUAUAUGUUCUGCUUGUGUGUACCACAAAAAGCAUAGGCAUUUGGCGCAGAGAUGCAUUACAUUUUUUCCCCUCUAUAAUCAAAUCUUCGUAGGAAGAAUUUAUCAGAAAAAUGGAAAUAAAUUUUUACCUUUGGCUCAUUCCAGUCCUGAACUUGCUCUUGCAAGGAAGGAAGGAAAUUCCACACCACCUGAUAACUGUUUAUAAAGCAAUCCCACGCACACUUGCCUGGCUGUAGUACAAUGAAGUAGAAGAUGAUCAACUGGUUCCUGGUAGUUGUUGCAGAAGCAUCACAUUGUAUUUGGCAGACCACACCCUCUUUUAUUGAGAUUAUUCACAGUGGGAAUGGCAUUUUGUAUUGCGCACCAAAUGAAGAAUUGCACCUUGAAUGGGACAUGCUUUUUCCAUAUACAUUUGUAAGAAACUGCAGUAGUGUAUUGUUGUAGAUCUGUGAGCCACUUAUAACAGUUUUC